CAUAUCCAGGUUGCUAAAAUACUGCUAUCGAUGUACAUGGUCUUGUUCUUGAGCACAGCUAAAGCAGAGUGGCUGGGUGUCCGCCGCAAAUCCAUCUUUAUUAACUCGCCCGCUCGCCCAGGUUCCAUGCCAACUCGCCAUCCCGAUCGCUAGGCAGUGUUUGUAGCCUACACACGGGAUGCACAUCGUUCGAACUCACGAUUUAAUAAUCUCAGAACGAUGUGCUUAAAACCGUUAACAUUUUCCAAUGACACCCGCAAUUUUUCAACGGGCUGCCCCGACGGUUUCAUGCAGGCAUAAGAAUACUGAAAUGUGCCGACAAAUAAAUAAAUAAAUGCCAGUGAGUUAACCAAGUCAGGCAGACUCAGUGUUCCGCACUGGUGAAAACUCAUCCGAGCUGGAACUGAAGAAAGAAUACAAAAGAGGAAUAUGAAUACAUUCACAGAGUAUUGAGGACGAAAGUGUGAACAAAAAGAAAGGAGGGGUUUAAAAAAAUCCCCUAAGUACCCUCCACCCUCAGCAAGCAUUUAUUCUUCGAAUCCUGCUCGAUAAAAACCCGCCGCUGUUUCCAGAUCCGUGGAAGCUGUUUAGUUAACCGUGUAACAGGCUUCCGUGGAUCUUCUGCAAAAUCUCACAUCGGUGUCUACUGUUAGACGAGAAAAAAUUGUAGGAGGAGCCUUACACUCCUGAAGGUGUGUAUGUGCAAAAGACAGUGCCACCGGGAGAGUGCAGAAGUGGAGGGAUGUGUUCGCGACCACCGGGUUAAGAAGCACAAGCACAACCUGAACUGCGAGUGACUGUGGCGAGUACUUUAGUGGCGAUUUAACGUUGGAACCUGACUACAGAGAGGUGGCUUAGCUGACAAUGGCUGAACAUGAAGAUUUCUCCAAAAUGACAGGGCACUGGAACAGCUCUGAGAACUAUCAGUUCAACCCAGCCAGCAUUAUUGUUUCUGUUGUCUUCUCGCUGAUCUUUCUACUUGGGACCAUUGGAAAUAGUCUCGUAUUAGCUGUACUGCUCCGGAAUGGACAGAUGGGACACAAUACAACUAACUUGUUCAUAUUAAAUCUCAGCGUGGCAGAUUUCUUUUUUAUCAUUUUUUGUGUCCCAUUCCAAGCAACUAUUUACUCCCUUGAGGGUUGGGUUUUUGGAUCUUUUAUGUGCAAGGCUGUUCAUUUCUUCAUCAACCUCACCAUGUAUGCCAGCAGCUUCACAUUAGCGGCUGUGUCGAUUGACAGGUACCUGGCCAUACGGUAUCCACUGAGAUCUCGAGAGUUGAGGACUCCAUGCAAUGCAGUGGCAACCAUGGCUGUUAUUUGGGGGAUGUCACUGGUGUUUGCUGGGCCCUACCUAAGCUAUUACGACUUGAUCGAUUUUACCACUGGGAAUGUUUGUGUGCCUGGAUGGGAAGAAUGGAAACGGAAAGUCUUGGACACUUGUACUUUUGUGUUCGGCUAUGUCAUUCCUGUCUUGAUAGUGAGCCUGUCUUAUACCAGAACUAUCAAGUACCUUUGGACAGCUGUGGACCCAUUAGAUGGUAUGUCAGAAUCCAAGAAAGCAAAGAGGAAAGUCACCAAGAUGAUCAUAAUAGUGACAGUGCUUUUCUGCCUCUGCUGGCUACCAUAUCACGUGGUGAUCCUUUGCUAUCUUUAUGGGGACUUCCCUUUCAACCAGACAACCUAUGCUUUCCGGCUGCUGUCCCACUGCAUGGCAUAUGCCAACUCUUGCCUAAACCCAAUUGUUUACGCCUUGGUGUCCAAACAUUUUCGCAAAGGGUUCAAAAAGGUAUUCAGCUGUAUCCUGAGCAAAAAGGCACGAAAUAAAGUUCAUGUUGUGCACGUGGCUAAUACGGUCCCUGGCUUUGAAGUCGGCUCAACUGAGGUUUCACACGUGAAUGAUGACAACGUAAGACAAAAUGAUUGUGAAAUGGCUUGUGGACCUGCCACCGCUCCUCUAAACACAACAAUGACAAUCACCAUGCCAUACCAGCAGCAGUCUUGACCAAAAAUAUGAAUUGAAAAAAGUAAAAUGUUACUGUGGUAUUGGACCUGAGUGGUACUGCUGUGCCAAAUGAGUAAGAGAGACAAUUUAGGAAUGAUUUCUUAACAAAUGAACGUGCCCUCCAAAAAGAAAAUGUGAAAAAACUGUUAAGAAAACCAGCCUUAAAUCUUCAAUUUGACACAGGUGAUGGAACAGCAGAGCUGAGAAACAAAUUUGUUGGGUUCCAUCUAUCCAUACCUUGCAUCCAUUAUUUGCUGGUUCAGGGUGACAGAAGACAAAGGCCACCUCAGCAGUAUCAGGAACGAGUCGGGAGCUUUCUCUGCCCUGAUGGGGAACCUACUCACAAUUGUGCAUUGUUAUCUUUUGUACCGUUAGUGAACGGUUAACAGAAUCCAUGUAUUGCACUUUGUAAUUAUGGAAUAGACCUGCUUCUGUAAUCACACUCACAUUAGGGAUGUGUAGCUGUAAAUAAGAAUCAUCCACACAACACUUUUGGAAGAACGCUGAUCAUUUGUUCCUGAGAGUACUUUGAUGUUCAUGAUUACAUGGUGUGGCAAAUA